CUUCUCCGGUCUUGGCUUUGAGUCUACACGAUGCUCGAUAGUUCGGGCCAAUGUCCACACGAGCAAGGCCCUCGCGACACGUCAAUUAUUUAUUUCUAGACUCAUCCCACCCCACGCGGGCUUGCUGAUACUGGAACAAGCCCAUUAGCUCACGGAAAUCUUCCCGUCCUCCUCAUCGUCUCUCUUCUUUCUCCCUCCUAUAAAUACAACACCGGCCUCUACCCGUCUCUCUGGUAAGUAUUAUCUCUCACCUCGUCUCACCAACCACACCACUCUUCUCUUGUGCUUUCACCUCUCCAACCUACCCCUCUCACUCACACUUUGCUCACAGCUCUCUCAUUCAUCCAGCUCACCCACCAAAUCAGCCCAUUAUGACCGUCUCCAACGGAAGCAGUGGCGCUCGCCGCACCCUCCCCGUCGGCAUCUACGCCCCCACCAUGACCUUCUUCGACCCCGAGACGGAAGAUCUCGACAUCCCUACCAUCAAGAAGCACGCCGAGCGUCUGGCCAAGGCUGGUCUUGCCGGUCUGGUCGUCAUGGGUUCCAACGGAGAGGCUGCCCACUGCACACGCGAGGAGAAGCUGGCUGUGACCAAGGCCACCCGUGAGGCUCUCGACGCCGCCGGCUUCCAGAGCACCCCCAUCAUCCUCGGUGCCACCGAGGGCAGUGUCCGCGGCACCAUUGAGCUCUCCAAGGCCGCCCUCGAGGUCGGCGCCGACUACUCUCUCAUCCUUCCCCCCUCCUACUUCCGCGCCCAGAUGGACGAGCAGGCCAUCUACGAUUACUUCAUCGCCGUCGCCGACCAGAGCCCCAUUCCUCUUGUCCUCUACAACUACCCCGGCGCCGUCUCCGGCAUCGACAUGGACAGCGACCUGCUCAUCAAGCUGGCCGAGCACCCCAACAUCAUCGGCACAAAGUUCACCUGCGGCAACACGGGUAAGCUCACCCGCGUGGCCUCCGCCACCAACGCAAAGACCCCUUGGUCAGAAGGCUCCGGCUACAUGGCCUUUGGUGGCAUAUGCGACUUCACGGCCCAGACCCUCGCCAGCGGCGGCAGCGGCAUCAUCGCCGGCGGUGCCAAUGUCAUGCCCAAGGUCUGCGUCAAGGUGUGGAACCUCUACUCGGAGGGCAAGAGGGACGAGGCCAUUGAGCUCCAGAAGAAGCUCAGCCGUGGCGACUGGUUCCUGACAAAGGCUGCCAUCGCGGGCACCAAGGGCGCCAUCCAGAGCUACUACGGCUACGGAGGCUUCCCAAGACGGCCUCUGAGACGUCUGGAGAAGGCCCGUACCCUUUCUAUUGAGGAGGGCAUCAAGGAGGUCAUGGACAUUGAGAACUCCCUGUAAUUGGAGUGCAAUUUUCCUCGUUCUCAUGAUUUUAUGCACUCAUGAGAAAUGAUCUAAGCGUGCGGGCAACUUUUUUUGUGCCCGGCGUGACAGAUGGUGGGGUAAACGUCCCCUCCCUCCACCGAUCACGGCCGUGGGGGUAGUUUCCCCGGGCUAGGUCUCGGAAGAAUGUCCGGGGUGAUGAUGUGCCGAGCUCUUUGGCGUACCCCCCACCUCACUCUCACCAAGGUACCUAGCCUGACAUAGCUCGGACUUUUUUGUCCUCAUCCCCCCCCCCAAAAAAGACAUAAAGUGGGUUGGCAUCUAUCGAUAGUUUUAUAGGGAG